GAGGCCGAAGGCGGAACUUUCAUGUUUACAAAUCUCGAACACGACCUGCGGCCAAUUUCUGGUGAAUUAUCGUUUAAAACCCUGCAAAAGAAGCGAGAAGAAAUUACUUUUUGGGAAGAGAUAGACAGAGAACGGAGAACUCUUCGUAUCUAGAUAGACUGAGGGAAGAAAAGGGCGAAAAAACCUUUGCUGCGCAGUUCAAGAAAGAAAAAUGAAAAUAUAAAAACAAAAAAGUUGACAGCAACUUCGCGGAACUUCAGUCACUCGGGACAGCUAACAGAUGCUGAUUUCAAGUGAUUUUUUCUCAAAAGCAAAAGUCUAAAUGAAAUCAUGGAGGAAGAAGAAAAAGGAGGGAAUGAACGCACACAACCCCUCACUACCAGAGGGUUCUAUGGCAAAGGUCAGUCACGGGACCGAGUGCUGCUGCGCAUUGCCAAGACCAGAAAACACCUCAAACAGAGACCUCUAGUAAGCGAGUACAGACCUGGGAUCCUGGGUCCUCCCGCCACCUGGAAGACCUUUCGUCGCCAAGCGGAUGCCAUCAAGUUCGCCCAGGUGCAGGGGAACGGGCUCAUGGUGUUCUCCUUUGAGGGGGAAGCGCUUGGGCAGGGGGGCAAGAGGAAUUUUGUGGUGACGCACCCAAAGAUGAUGUGGAUCCAUCAGUGCGAGCGCAGCCCCACUCAGAGGUGUACAUAUGAGGUCAUCCAGGAGAACUCUGUAUGUAAGCUUUACUUUGACCUUGAGUUCAUGUACAUGCACAGUCCUGAGAGUGAUGGUGUUAAGAUGACCAACACAUUUAUUAAGAUUGUAUGCUACUUUCUCCAGAAGGAGUUUGGGGUGAGCUGCAGUCGCAAAAAUAUUAUUGACUUGACUAGCCAUUCUUUUGCAAAAUUUAGCCGUCAUUUGAUUUUCAACAUUCCAGGUGUGGCCUUUGCUAAUAAUAUCCAUGUUGGAAAUUUUGUUAUCAUGAUUUGCAAUCAGAUAAGAACCUGGGCUAGGGAAGGCAUGAAAGAAAUGCCUGGCUUUACAUUCAGUGAUGUGGAAACUCUAUUUGUAACAGAUACCAAGGGAAACAAAGUACUAUUUUGUGAUGAAGGAGUUUACACAAAGAACAGGAACUUCCGAAUUCUCCGUUCAACAAAAUUAGGAAAAAAUACACCUUUAGUGAUAGCUCCAGAGAACCAGUAUGUGCCACUGACAAAAACAGGAGAUUCUGCAGAGGAAUUGUUCUUCUUGGAUUCUCUGGUGACAACAGUCAGGGAGAGCCCCAAAAUCUUGACUUUUGGAGAUGAUGGGAUGAAGAGACUGAAGUGCAGGCAGAAGGAGAGAGAAGGUGCAGGCCUAGGGAUGGAAGGGUUCAGCCACUCUCCUUACCCAGAGAUAGACAAGUACAUCCAGAGCAUCCUUGGUCAUGGUUACAUCCGCUGCUGGUUUUAUUUCCCACAAAGUGAAUUGCUAGUUUAUGAAAUAGCCAAUAAUAGGUUUUGCCACAACAUAGGUAGGGAACACAAGAGCAAUGGGGUAAUGUACGUUGCAAACUUGAAGCUAGCUGUUUAUUAUCAGAAAUGCCAUGACUCGGACUGCCAGGACUACCGGUCAAACCCCAUUCCACUUCCAGAGUGGACAGUAUUUUGGAAGAAUAUGGGAGACGAAGAAGUAAUGGAAUGGAUUCAAGGCUCUCAAAAUGGUGAAGAUGACAUUUGGGAUGACAAUGAGGAGGACAACAGCCUUCUAACCAUGGCAGCCACACAGAUCGAAAAUGAGCAUAAUAAUAAUAUAAUGGAUGUGGCAGCCACAGAGUUUGAAAAUGAGGAUGACAAUAAUCUUUUACUCAUGGCAGCUGCAGAGGUUGAGAAUGAGCAUCUGUCAGACACCAAGUUGAACACUGCUGUAAAAAAGUUUGAGAUGUGGGAUAAAAUUGACGAGAUGUCUCUGUCUUCACUGAGCCGGCAGAGUUCUCAGAAAAGCAACCCCUGGGAUAGGUUGUCCCUCAUAUCGUCUCCAAACAGUUCCUUCUUUGACGAGUCUUCACAGAAAUCCCUUGACGAUUGCAGGACAAACUUUUGCCCAGAAACCUUCCUCGCAAACCAAAGAGUGCGGAAGAACUCAAACACGUAUGAUUUUGACUCCGAUGAAGAGUUUGCAAGUGCCGCAGCCAAAGUUGAGGAUGAGCUUCAGAGUCAAGCUGGGGAUGAAGUGGAGUUCAAUAGCUGUGGACUUGAUGAUGAGGACUUUUUGCUGCCAUGGAUGUAAAAAUUCUGUUUUACAUGAUACAGAUUUUUAAUCUAUUGUCAGUAAGUAUGGAGAUUAAUAUCUGUUUUAUAGUACCUUUAAUGUUCUGGUACAAAAGUUAUCAAAGUUAUAUAUUGUGAACAGAGAUUUUAAUAAUAAAUAUUUAUUAAGUUACUACUGGUCUGUCGUGUAUUAACAUACUACAUGCUCAUUUUUAGUGUAAAAAAGCCAGAGAAAAUGAAUGCAAAAUUCUUAACAUAUUUUACAAUAAUAAUAAUGAAGGUAUAUUAUAAUAAACCUAGCAUGAGCUUUGGGAAGGCAUUGUAUAUCCAAGAUAUUUAUAUAUAAAUUUGACAGUUUCAAUUUAUUAUUGAUGCUUGCUUCAGAAAUGUUACUUUUGUAUGUUUUGUUGAAAACAUAAAGGAGUUUUGGUUAAUAUGUAAUGAGUCAUUAUUUUAGUUCGAAACUCAUUUGCUCUCAAUUCUGAGUUACAUAAGUCUGGACAUAUUUUCAAAAAAAUUAUAGUUUCCUGUAUAAUAUAGAUGUUAAAUUGAUAUAGAUGAAUUUCAAUCUGAUCUAGCAAAAAAGAAAAAAAAAAAAGAAAAUCACUGUUGUUUAACAUUUUAGAAAUUGUGAUUGUAAACAUCAUUGUCCACACAAACUUCAUUAGGACUUAAAAUAUGGUGAAUUUUGAUAGAAGUUUAGGUAGCAAAAAAGGAUUAUUAGAAAUGUAAUUUAGGACUAUUAUUGUUUUAUUAUAUUUUUCUAUAUGUUGGAAUGAAUACCACUGCACCAUUUUCCUCCCAGCAAACUGACAAUACAGGAAGGCAUGUAUGUCCAAAGUUGUUGCAGAUCAAUUGCACAAACAUGCUUAUAUUAAAUGCUAUAUUUUAUAAGUUUAAACCUUUAUCUGCAACAUAAUAAUUUAUAUAAAGCUGGUUUGUUAAAAUUGUGUGAGACUUGACCCAAUAAAUAUUCACUGUACGAACAUAUAUAUACACAGAAUUAAAUAUAUCUAUCAAUCAAGAUAUGCAUUUUUAUCGGACAGAUAGAAAGGCAAAUAUAUAUCUAUCAGAUAGAAAGACUGCUGUGCAUUUAUUUCUUUGUAUAUGCACAUCUGUAUGUGAAUAUUAAUUAGGUUCGGCCUUGCACGAUUUGAACAAACCAAACGAUAGUCAUUAAUACCCUAUCAUGAAGGCAGUCCGUCAACAUGAACAUAUCAAUGUCUGUGUUACAAUCGAAAGCUUAAAUCAACAAAACACGUGAUUAAUGCAUGUUUGGACAAUUGGUUUUAAACCACUUAAAGAUGUGGAUACCCUCACAUAUAGAUCGAUUUGAAUUCUACCAAACAGUCAUACAGUGUUUAGUCAUAGGUUUUGUACUUUUCAUACUAUUUUUAGUAUUGGAUAUAUGCUCAUAUUUCAGGAUGUAUUACUUAUGCACCAAUGGUGUCGCAAGAACAGUCCACCAUUCAAGUAAAGAGUUAUAGAAGUCACUACCAUACAAAAAAUGUGAAUUAAUAUCCAUUUAUGUUCCAGCACAUUUAUUUGUUUUUAACCAUUAACCAUUAUCCAUUUAUGUACUGAAUAUAGAUUUUUAUAUGAGGACAACAACUUUUCUUCCCUUUUCUUCUAUCAAAUUUGAUGUUUAAGUAUGUUCAUUUAUUAUGUUAUGUAUCAACUAUGUGAUGUUACUAUAUUAAAAGCUUUAUUGGCAAAAAAUAUUAAUCAACACCUUUAAAUUACCAUCUUUGAGAGCUUAGUAUUGACAAUAAUGCACCAAAAAAUAAUAAGUAAACCGUGAAGUUGUAUUUUGACUUUCACUUUUUAUCUGCUUAGGUUCGAGAUGCUUUUGCGGGUAAACAAAAUAAAGAAGGAGAAGGAGAUAGAGAAGAAAGUCAUUGCUGUAGAAUUGGAAAACAGUAACGUCUAUGUCUAUUAUUUAACAUCAUCAAAUUUUUACCAAGAAUAUCUUUCUAAUGACCUAAACAGGUUAAUAAAUACUCCUAUAUUUAGUUCUCAAUUUAUGAAAAAUAAAAAGUACAAAACUGUCUGUCUCCGGCCAAUAGUUGUGUACCAUCACCAGCACCUUUUUAGAUACAGGAAAAAAGAAAAAAAAAAAAAAUCUGCCAUUUGCCCUUACAU